AUGCGGGAGAUAUGGAACGAGGCAGGACAAUCGAGAAAGGGUUCUGUUGACCACAAACGCCUCAUCGAGGCCACGAGGCGACUUAUGUCGGCCAUACACACACUUGCAGGUAUUCGCCGGCCGGGACAUCAUCUGUGGCAGCCGCAUAAGCGAAUUAUUAUUUGCCCGAUGCGUUGGAAUGGACGGGACCUUGAUAAUGCUGGCAGGCCAGUGUUGCAAUGCGACGAUUUCCCGAUGAACGUUACUUCUGCCACUUGGCACCUGAAUGUCUAUGUUCCGGCGCCCUACGAUAUGUUUCAAGCGCACUACAAUGCUUUCGACGUGGCCCAGAUGGCCCGCGAUGAGAAGAGGACAAGGCGAGUCUGGGAGCCAACGCUGCACAUGCGCGAUGACGCUCGCAGACGACAAGAUGUGGACUUGCGGGACGACGUUGCAUGCUACGGCUUCAAGGCAUACCCCGACUUCAAGUACCCAGAGGACAAGUCGGAUGAAGAAAAGGCAGUUUUGGAACAUACAUUUUAUGCUGCUCCGAUCCCAAGGAGCGGGAAUAGUUUGUGGUUAUCACUCGCAAUGCUUGUCGAGGGUCACUUUAUCAAGUCAAGAAGACUCAAGAGCAGUCUUGCAUACUGGUUCAACGACGUACUACUCGGCCCACGCGGGUUCGAAUACCCCGGGAGCCGUUACCGCAGAGAACGCUUCCGCAUGUAUUGCCAGCUUCUCGCCAAUUCCAGGGAAUCUGUAGACCCCGGUGAUGUGAAUGACUGGGGGCCUAUGGACCUAUUGCGCUGCCUAAACGCGAACGACCACGAUUCAGGUAUGCCAAUGGAGGCAGGUUUCCACGAGAUGCUGCAUCUCGUGGCUGACUUCUUUGGCUGCGAGGUCAUCACUUUCAUCAGGCGAAGGGGUCCGCCAGCGCUUUGGAGAAACUUGACGCUGAGAGCGUACCUGGAUAAAAACCCCUACCGCAUGAAAGUAUACGGGGAGCCGCCGACCCAAGACGACUACAAACUCAAGUUCAGUGGCCGAAGACAGAUACUGCUCGUGACAGAUCCGAGUUUGAGACAUUUCCAACCGGUGAUCCGGGUAGAACCGGAUCUACCCAAACACGUGGACGCUCUCGAAGUCGAGGGCGGAGAGUGGAUUGAUACGACUACGUUUGAUCCAUGGGACCGCCACGUGCCGAUGCCGUGGUGGAUGGGGUACCACCGUAAUGUUUACAACACCGGAUGGGCAGGCCAAUGGGAGAUUCAAGGGUCUCGGCCAUGGCUACGCACCGCCCCGGCACACUUAGAUCGCAUGGUUCCAAGGGAUAUCACUACGGGCAUGACGCUACCAUGGAACAACAACAUCCAGGCACUAGGGCCCUACUGGUCUUUUAAUAUGCCUGUACCGGACACGGAAUAUUAUGAAGGCGAUACAGAUAUGGAUACGAGGGGAGUGCAGCUGCAGUCGGCACAAGAGAGGCUUACCUGGCAUACGCCCAACCCCCCGGUACUGGACGACCGGUUGGCCUUGACGGAUUGGCCUGCUUGCUAUGGGGAGAACGACGGCCGGUUCAAAUCGAAAGGGCAUUUUGAAGGUUCGAAACGGGUGGCUGAGCUCUACCUCAGCAAAACCCAGCUAGGCUUCAGCGAGAUGGACGGAUUCCUGAGCAUCCAAGGUACCGAAGCUGAAGAUCGCAUUCCGCCUUGGCAUAAGAGGAGGCGCAGGUGA